AUGUUCGUCAAGCCGAGACCCAAAAAGAGCCCCCUGCCGCCACCGAGCAAGAAGCGCAAGUACGGCGUGGAAGAAGUCUCCUUCGACUUUGACGCCCGCCAUGAAUAUCUCACCGGCUUCCACAAGCGGAAACAACAGCGCAUCAAGCACGCACAGGAAGAGGCCGCCAAAAGGGCCCGGGAAGAGAGGCUCAGGACUAGGAAACAGAUUCGAGAGGAGCGCAAGCGAGAAGUCGAGCAGCACGUCGAGCACGUCAACAGGCUUCUUAGAGAAUCCGGCGCGAUCGAGGUGGACGACACAGAGGAGCAAUCAGGCGACGAGGGCGAGGCAAACGACGGAGAGUGGGAUGGGUUUCCGGAUCGGCCGAACCUUGACAUUGUGGAUCACGAAGAGGAGUACAUAGACGAAGAUCGAUAUACGACAGUCACGGUCGAGUCGGUCUCAAUAUCACGAGACGGCCUAGAACGCCCGGAGAAGCCCCAGGAGAAGGCCGAGGAAGAGGACCAGAACGGAGAACCGGAGAAGGCGCCCGAGGACAAAUCAAAAGCCCCCGCGAGGCCCAAGAAGAAGAAGCAAAAGUUCCGUUACGAAUCCAAGAUUGAGCGGCAGCUUACGGAGAGGAGGCACAAGGCGAAAAGCAAAGCAAAG